AUUGUUUCCUGUUCAGAGGAUAUCGUCAGUGGACGCCAAAUGCAGUUUAAUUUGUUUGAUGUUCAGGUAUUUGCUUGCCGUUCUGUUUGAAACUUGUUUCCUGAGCUAUGGCCGCAUAGAAAUACCUCCGGAAAUGUUUUGGGAAUAUUUCGACGCGGCUCGACGACUCGGAAAUUCAUCGGGCUCUGCGAGCGAGUGAGAGACAUGGACAAUUCUGUCACCCUGUGGCAGUUCCUGCUUCAGCUCCUGUUGGAUUCAAACAAUGAGCAGCUCAUCUGCUGGACCAAUGAGGAAGGGGAGUUCAAACUGCUGCAGGCUGAGGAGGUGGCCCGGCUGUGGGGAGCCCGCAAGAACAAGCCCAAUAUGAACUAUGACAAACUGAGCAGGGCACUCAGAUACUACUAUGACAAGAACAUCAUAAAGAAGGUGAACGGUCAGAAGUUUGUCUAUCGCUUUGUGUCCUAUCCUGACAUCCUCAAAGGAGAUGUUGUCACUCGAACAGAGGGCGGGGAUGUGGGCGCUGGGGGUACCACUCCACUAUCGAAGAGGGGAGACGACAUUCUACAGGAGGGGGAAUCUGGUGACAGAGCCAAGGUGGGAGGGGUUGCAGCAUCUCUGGCCUCCAGCACCAAGCAGUCAAACCGUAAUGACUACAUUCACUCUGGCAUGUACACGUCCUUCACGCUCAACUCGCUGCAAAAUGGACGGCAGCUCUUUAAGUCCAUCAAAAUAGAGAAUCCAGCAGAGAAGAUGACUGACAAGAGGGCUGUCACUGCUGCUUUACAGAGCCAGGAGACAAUGCCUCAAACACAGCAGCCCACUGCUUUGCCCUCAGUCAUCAAGUUCGGAAACACCCCUCAAAAACCAGCACCAGCACCGCCCCCUCAGGUUUCUAUAGAGGCCAGCCUCAUGCACAGCCCGCUGGAUUCUCUCCAAGCUACUUCCCACAGGGCUGAAGACAUCAGCAUACACUCCUCCCUGCCAUCACAGCCCAUGUACUCAUUCGAUCACAUCCGCCCAUCUGAACCAACCUUCAGCCUCCCAGACCUGACCUCAACCAGCUCCUCCCCAAACCUAGUGCCAGACUCCUCCCAGGAGCUGGUGAUUGACAGCGACAUUGAAUCCGGAUCCUCUCAGACCACAGACGCUCAGGCACUGGAGCCCACAAAUUCUCAGGCACAGGAGAAGGUGGAGACCAGCAUUGUCCUGUCUGGAGACGAGACCAGCAUGUUGGAUGCUGAAACCAGUUCAUCCUCAGUGAGCAGCAGCACCACAGUCAGCACCCAGAACUCAGGAAAGGCACGCAAGCCCCCCAAAAUCCUGCAGAUCAACCCACCAGCUCUGCUGGUCACUGCCUCUGACUUUUCCCCCAUGAACCUCUGCAGCCCCUCACUGCCUACUGCCUCUCUCACACCAGCAAUGCUACAGACUCCAACUCUUCUGCUGACUCCCAGCCCACUUCUCUCGAACAUCCACUUCUGGAGCACACUCAGCCCAGUUGCUCCACUCAGCCCAGCCACACGACGCCAGGGAGGCCACCUGUUCCAAUUUCCGUCAGUUGUCACCCCCCAGUUCCAGAUCCCAGUGCACAACGUGGAUGGGACCAACACACCUGGCCCCAUUUCACCGACCCUCAGAAAACAUAAGAGUAGGGCCUAUCCUCCUGCCCUCAGCACCAACACAUUUGUACCCAGAAAGCCAGACACCCACCCUUCUCCCACUCCUGCUCCACCUUCUCCUCCCACAUCCAGGACAAUGAUGUGAGAGCUGAGUGUUUAUUUCACUUUGCUCUGGUGCUUUGACGUUCUCUGCCGCAGGAUUCACACUACACUCAGGUGUGUGGAGAAGUGUCGGCAGGCCUGCUUUGACUGCUUUGCUGUACUCGUCCAUGGUCAUUAUCACCAUUAUCCUAAUAAUAACACACUUAACAUGGGGUCUGGUUUUUCUGGGUCACUUGAGUCACAAAGGUUGAAAGGGGGGAAAAAUUUUUUUUUUUAACCUUUUUCCUUUAUGGAAGUAGAUCUGCAUGUGGACUGAACCCUCAGCAGCCACAGUCUGCUUCAUACCUGGACACACGGAGCAGCUGAAUCUUUCCUUUUAUAGAGUAUCUUCUUCUCUUGUGCUAAAGUGUUCUUGCCAAACACGACAGGUUUCACCUGGCCUGCUGACAGUGAUUUUGUUUUUGUGCUCAGUCCUUAACUUUUCCUCUUGUUUAUAGGUUUUACUUCAACCUGCAUGUUUACCUGCAGCUCCUCUAUCUGAAUUUAAAUGUCAAGCCUUGCCUCAGCUGCUCUGUCUUAUUGUGACAUGUGGCCAUAAUCCAAGCUGAACUUUGCCUCAGUGUAUCAGUUCUAGUGUACAGUGUGUCUCCAGUAGGUCUGAAAGCCAGCAUAGCCUGUUCUGCCUCUGGUUGGUAAAAGCUUUCACGUGGGAAUGAAAGAAAGCGAAGCCAUAACUCUUUUCUGUGCAUCGAUUCUCCAAGCAACGAUGAAUUCUUACUUCAUUAUAUACCUGAACUCUGCAGUAGUGUUGGUAACUUUCUGUAAUUCAGAUAUCACGUUAAAGGCUCUUAUUUUAAGUGUCUCAAACUAUGUAAGAGAAAAGAUGAGAUCUUAUGGAUCAGUUUGUAAGAUUUGGCUAAACAAAGGACUCCAUUGCUACUGCAGUUACUCUGCUAUUCUAGUGGACGCUGCUAAAGCUCAGUGAUUCAUGUUAUAACUUAAUUUACUGUGGAUGAAAGGGCAAAUGUGUGAACACAAGUGCAUCAUUAUCGGAUGUGGUUAUGUGAGAGGUGAUGUAAUGAAGUCUCCACUAAUUGGCAAAAUCAAGGGUUGAAAAAUCAAGUGUGGAGGUGCCAAAAACUGCAGUUCCUCUGGGUGUCACUUGAGGCUGACUCCAAAAGCGAGCCAUGUAAAAAUGCCAAACUUUACAGCAUUAAAAUGUAUGGAUACAGCCUGGAACAGACAAUUUUAGCUUCUGUAGUUAGUUUCCUAACAUUGAAGCCCCAAAAUGUGAAGUCCAAAACCAAUUGGUGAUGUCAUGGAGGCUGUGGUCUCCACUGAUUCUCUAGCAGUCAUCAUUUGAUUAACAUGCCAAAAAUAGAGUAAAAAUGACAAACAUGUAUAACAUGUUGUUCUGUGAGCUGAAGUUACUCUGAGCCAGUAUUUUCUUUCAUUUCAGUGGGAGCUAAAAGCAGAGAAAAUCUUUUCCCAUGAAACUGCGUUUCAGCUGGUUUUACAGGUUCACCUUUGUUUCAGGCUUUGGUGACUUGUUGCUUGGAGUAUCAGUGCUGUUGGUUAGACUCCAUCCUGCCAUCCUGGCCUUGAGCCCCUGGAUGGCUUCAGUCAUCUGAACAUGCAGUGAUGAGCCAAAGCAUCUAUGGUCACCCCUGCCUAAUAUGCUGAUGAACCUUCAUGUGCCACAGCUCUGACCUGCUGUGCUGUGGAUUAUACCAUUAUUAUUAUUAUUAUUAUACCAGCCAUUAGCGGGUUCAUAGGUUACUACCCCCCAACCAGCCUUGGUGUUUCAUAGAGGUGUUCUAGCUGGGGAUUGUAAGACGUAUCUACUUGUUUCUCCAAUAUUUAGCAUGUAGACUCUGAGAAUGUACUGUUCACUUACAAUACCAGUUGUGUCCAAAUGUUUGACUGGUACUGUACCUUUUAAAUACACCCAAGAUCCUGACACACACAAUUGUUAGAUUAUUCUUUCUUCAUCUGAGUGGUCAUCAUGUUUUGGCUCAUCUGUAGAAAGGUUUCUUCCCCAUUAGAAACCUCUAAUGGAUGAUCUGCCAUGAGAGGUUUGCACCUUUUUUGCAACAGAUUUUAAAGCCAUACGUCUGAGACACAGACUGAAGAGGUAAAUCCCACCUUUCUAUGCUAAACAUGGAAAAUGUACAUCACAUGUGUUUACAUGAUACUUAGAUAAAACACAUGAAAGCGUGUGUGUGUUUACCACAGUGUCACUUUCCAAUCCAGGAAUGGAUGUAGGGGAGGGGGGAAACUUAAUGUUCAUUUCUACUUAACAACCAGACAUCUCCCCCCUCAGCCCCGUAGUCCAUCAAAGUGAUAUACGGUGCCUUACCACAGGUUUCUCCCAAUAUGGAUGGAGUUAAAGUGAUGGAGCAGUAUGUGACAGCUCUCCUCUUUGUUUUUAUGCCAUAUCUUAGACCAAACCCCAGAAGUUCUGAGUAAAACUUCACCAGGGAUGUACGAUGCACAAGCACACUGCAGCUCAAAUGUGCCGCGGUGCCCUUCUGGAUGCUUUAUUGUACAUACGGACAGCAACAUGCACAGCAUGUAAAAUUUAAUCAGGCCGUGUUUUAAAGUUGGCAGCCAUGUCUGUUUCCAGCCUGCUUCUAAAUGUUCUACUCAGAAAGUAUAUGAAUAUAUAUAUAGAAGACCUGUUUAAGCUUUUUUUUUUUUUUUCUGUAAUCUCCUUUUUAUUUUCCUGUAACACAAAUAGAAUUUUAAGAUUGAUUUCUAUUUUUGUAAUGGCCAAGUAGUUAGAUGUCUCCUAUUUUGGGUUUCCUGAUUUUAAUGUUCUCUCUGUGCAUGUGUUUCCUCUUGUGGAUUUGGGGGGAGCGGCAGCCCCGUGGUGACGCUUGCUCUUUGUUGGGGGGGAAUCGAAGCCUUAUAGGGAGAAAUCUAAAUCUGCAUUUUGUAUGUUAUGUGUUUUGAUAAUAGUGUUGAUUAUUGUAAAUGCAGAUGUUGUGAUGAAACGUUUGCACUUAAAUCUUCGGGGUUCCUGUAGUAUUGGAUUCUGUCACUUUUCUAUGCCUCAGAGAUGCUCUCUGACGUGUUUGCUUACUGACAAACGUCUAUUUUCCCAAAGGGAGGAUACAGUUAUGCACUUGGUAUUUUCUAUGGCAAACGAGUUUAAUCUUUUACAGUGUAUCAAAUAAAUUUACAAUAAUUUGUAAUUAGGCACUUAAUAUUUAUUUAUAAGAAUUUAUACUAGAGCCCAAUGGAAUUGGUAAGCUAUAUUGCAUAUUUUUGCAGUAACUUUAAUAGAAAAAAAGAAACUAUAAAAUAGCUGGAAAGUGACCUCAACUCCAUUUAAAGUUUCCUCUUGGCCUUUAACUCAUUGACAUAUUUUUUUGUAUCCUGAUUUUUCUUUUCCUCCACUUUUUCUUCAAGUGUAAAACCUUGUUUUAAAAGAAAUGAGCCCCUUGCUUUAUGUCCAGUUCUCCAACUGUUUAAUGCUUUUUCAAAUGUUUACAAGCUGCUUGUCUUAAGUGGCGUAUUGAUGUGUGAGGACGUGUUUAUAUCAGAAGAGUUAGGUGAGACCAAUAAUAAAAGAUCUGACU